AGGAGCCGGAGCGCGUCCGCCAUUGUGGGAAAGCGGAGCCCGGAGUAGAGGUGGGAAGUCGUGCUGCGUCCGGCGGGUGGCUUUGGGAGGCACUGACCAGGACAGGCGGGUCCGGGCUGCGGAGACAAUCAGCCAGCGGCGGAGGGGAGAGUAGAGGAGGCGGAAACAGCGACCACGACGACCUGAGGGAGAGAAGGAGGAGGCCCAAGCGGAGCGGGGUGAGGGGGAUUGCGGCUCCCCGUGAAGAAUGUCAGCCACCAGCGUCGACCAGAGACCUAAAGGACAGGGAAAUAAAGUUUCAGUGCAAAACGGUUCGAUUCAUCAAAAGGAUGCAGUAAAUGAUGAUGAUUUUGAGCCAUAUCUAAGUAGCCAGACAAAUCAGAGUAAUAGCUAUCCACCAAUGUCAGACCCAUACAUGCCUAGUUAUUAUGCUCCCUCCAUUGGUUUUCCAUACUCUUUGGGUGAAGCAGCAUGGUCCACAGCUGGAGAUCCUCCAAUGCCAUACUUGACAACUUAUGGACAGAUGAGCAAUGGUGAACACCACUACAUCCCUGAUGGUGUAUUCAGUCAACCUGGGGCUUUAGGGAAUACGCCUCCAUUUCUUGGUCAGCAUGGAUUUAAUUUUUUUCCUGGGAAUGCAGAUUUCUCUACAUGGGGGACAAGUGGAUCUCAGGGGCAAUCAACCCAAAGCUCUGCUUACAGCAGCAGCUAUGGCUACCCACCCAGCUCUCUUGGUAGAGCUAUAGCCGAUGGACAGGCUGGAUUUGGCAAUGAUACUUUGAGCAAGGUACCUGGAAUUAGCAGCAUUGAGCAAGGUAUGACUGGAUUGAAAAUUGGUGGUGAAAUGACAGUUGCUGUAACAAAAACAGUUGGAUCAGCUCUAAGCAGUACAGGUAUGACAAGCAUUGCAGCAAAUAAUGUGCCUGCAGUUAGCAGUUCAGCACCUAAACCAACCUCAUGGGCUGCCAUUGCAAGAAAGCCUGCUAAGCCUCAGCCAAAACUUAAACCUAAAGGUAAUGUGGGAAUUGGGGGCCCUGCAGUACCACCACCACCUAUAAAACACAACAUGAAUAUUGGAACUUGGGAUGACAAAGGGUCGGUGGUGAAAGCUCCUCCAACCCAACCAGUACUGCCUCCUCAGACUAUAAUUCAGCAGCCUCAGCCUUUAAUUCAGCCACCUCCUAUGGUGCAAAGCCAGCUGCCUCAGCAGCAGCAGCCACAGUCACAACAGCCUCAAGGACCUCAGCAACAGGCUCAGCCUCAUCAGCUGCAGCAGCAGCAGCAGCAGCUGCAAAAUCGCUGGGUGGCUCCUCGCAAUAGAGGUGUAGGCUUCAAUCAGAGUAAUGGAGCUGGCAAUGAAAACUAUGGUAUAGGUGUUAUACCAGUUAGCUCUUCACCGUCUGGUGUAGAAGUACACCCAGUUUUGGAGAAACUAAAGGCCAUAAAUAACUAUAAUCCCAAAGACUUUGACUGGAACCUGAAGAAUGGUCGUGUGUUUAUAAUCAAAAGCUAUUCAGAGGAUGAUAUACAUCGUUCCAUUAAGUAUUCUAUCUGGUGUAGUACUGAACAUGGUAAUAAGCGCUUGGAUGCUGCGUAUCGUUCACUGAAUGGAAAAGGCCCACUCUAUUUACUUUUCAGUGUGAAUGGCAGUGGACACUUCUGUGGAGUGGCUGAGAUGAAGUCGGUGGUGGACUACAAUGCGUAUGCUGGAGUCUGGUCUCAGGAUAAAUGGAAGGGGAAGUUUGAUGUUAAAUGGAUCUUUGUUAAAGACGUUCCGAACAACCAGCUGCGGCACAUUCGCUUGGAAAAUAAUGACAACAAACCAGUUACCAAUUCAAGGGACACUCAAGAAGUACCCCUAGAAAAAGCCAAGCAAGUGCUUAAAAUAAUUGCUACUUUCAAGCAUACCACCUCAAUCUUUGAUGACUUUGCACAUUAUGAAAAGCGUCAAGAGGAGGAGGAAGCCAUGCGUAGGAUGACUUUACAAGAUAGGAAAAGCCGACAAUAUGUACAGAAAGUUUAAACAUAAGGGAAAAGAUCACAGGGAAGAGCAAAGGGAAACAUUACAGGAGAGGAAUAGAAACAAACAAUAACUAUAUGGAGAUGGUCCCGCUAGAAUUACAACACUAAUGAUGUAGACUCUGGAAAUGCCUAAUAUGUCUAAGAAGACGUUAUUAAAGCUUUGUUCCUGCUUAAGGUGACAUCUUUGAACACUUUAACACAAAAUUGACUUUUCUUGUAAUGGUUCUCAUCAGUGCAUCUGCCCUUAUACUCUCUCACCAAACACACUUGAGAACUGUAACUUCGUCAAGCACUUUCUGUCCUGAAGCUUUUACCAGUAUCUGCUGUCUUUUGUAAUUAUGCAUCCUAGCUAAGGCACAGGAGAUGGAACGAAUGCAAGGAUUCAUUAACUCUUUGGAUUUGUUAAAUACUAACAAUUAACCAUCAUAAGUGGUUCAAUGAUGUGAGAUUCACAUUGCUUCAAUUUAUUUUUCUUUGAUGUAGUUUUUUAAUUGUCAGUUUUUUUAGCUAUUCAGCAGAAUUUAAAGCAAAAUCAUGCCAUAUUUAGUCCUGGAGUAAAACUCAAGUCUAAAUGUUCAUGUGAAAAUUAUUGUAGUAAACUUUUAAUAUGGCAAAGCAACUUUGAGCUACAGUUUAGCCAAAUGAAUUAUAACAUGAAAUUAUAUUAGAAUGUCACUUCCCUUGUUUCAAACUGUUUGGUGUAGAGAAUAUUAAUAUAUGCAGCUUGGUGGGCCACACCAGUUAAUGCACAUUUCUUUUUUUUUUUUUUCC